AUGGCCUGGAAGACCCAAAAUGCCAAGUUCAGCAUGGAAGAUUGGCGCGGAGGCUACGGCAGCUCCCACACCCUCAGGGCCUUCCUCAUCCACGAUACCACAACCCCGGCUGCCUACCCAGCGCAAGCUCACAGACACACCACCCAAUCAUGGAAGGCAUGGCCUCAGCGUUGCUUCCAGCAAAGACACUUUGGCGGCAUUGCGCGGUACGUACCCGCCUUAGCGCAGUCUCUAGUGCUGGACGUGCUGGACUGGCGCUCGCAGCCACUAGACGGCCGGGUUCUGAACCAGCCAGACCCCCGCUUGUCGACGUCACCCAAUCGAAUGAUUUGCGGGGUAAUCAAACCAGCCGCCAGAGGUGGGAAAGAGCGACGGGACGUUUGA